UCGAUGAAACGAAACUAAUUACCAGUUUCGAUUCCAGUGUGCUGAGGGUGAAGUUAAUUUUCUAAUAGCCGCCGCCCGCCAUCAAAUCGACAGCCGCCGGUUCCGCCUCCGCCUCCGCCAUGGCCGCGCCCUUCGAUUCCAAUUCUCGGGAGGCUGUUCCGAAGAAGCGAUCAGCUCCAAUCAAGUUCUUGGUUCCUCUGGUUUAUGCUCCUGUUCUUCCUCUCAUCAGAAUUGCUCUGCGGAAGAACCCUGUUAUGAGGGAUCGGCUGUUCACGGCGGUUUUGGCUGGUGCUUUUGCCCAUGGCUUUUACUUGGUAAGUGAUAUCUAUGAUGCUGAGAGCAAGUGAACUCAAUUCCCCAUCUCCACAUGCUCAUGAUCAUGAUCAUGAUGAUGCUGUGAGUUUUUUUAAUGCCUUUACUUUUCUUCUUAUUAUUAUUACUGUAACAAUGAGUAUAAUUUUACGAGUAUGUAUUAAAUUUGAAUGGCAAAAUUUAAUAUUUUAUGAUCUGAUUCGUUAUUUAAUAAGAAUUACUCGAAAUAGAUAUGUUCAUCA